AUGGCCUGCAUCAUCCGUGAUUCAAUGAUGUUCGUGACUGCAACUAUUGCCCUGAUCUUGCUCAAUGUCCAAUUUUGUAGCUGCUGUAAGUCGACAAUUUCUGACAAUUCCCUCCUCAUUUGCAGUUGGAUUCAGACUACAUGUAAAGCCACAUACCAACAUUGACCUUGCUUACGAAGUUCCAGCAUCCUUCCGGGUAUGUAAAAUGUCGAAAUGUAUUUUACUAAAAACUGGAAAUUCGAAAUAUUCCUGUGGUUUUCUCCGUGCAGUUCAAUUCUUCGGAAUCAGGAUUUACGCAUCGUACACCAACGCAUCCCUGCGAACCUCCGACUAAAUGUGUAGAAUUCUAUUCAAGUGAGUUGUUGAGCCUUUUACAUUUUGUGCCUUCAAAUUCGCAAACACAAACAGACACACACCCACGAGACAAAGGCAAUUAAAUGCGGUCGAUUUCCGAUCGAUGCUCAGAUCACUUAUGGCACUCUCCAAAUUGUGACUUCUAAUAUUUGGGAAAGAUAACUGUUGUACUAUUUUCUGACAAAGGAAGAAGAAGUUUUCUGAUCAAUGACGGAACUUACGAAAGCUACUCUGCGGUUAUUCUCAUACCCGAAAAUCCCAAAAAGGCAAAAAUCGCGAUCGUCGUAGUGAACGAAACGGAUUUCUUCGCAGGUAUAUAGUCCAAAUUUUAAACUAAUUCGUGAAAUCUGAAUUACGUCUACCCCAAACAUAUGUCAUUUAAAUUUCACAAAUCACAUUUAUCUUAUUUUGUCAGAGAUCCCCGGUGUCCAUUACAUAAUACCCAUUGUCGCACAACCGGGCUAUGCGAGACCAGUUUCUGUUGUCAUGGAUGAAAAUAUAAAGGUACCAAAGACCACACUCAGUUCAAUUAUGCUUAAAUAUUUUUUGAGAUUUACAUUUGACUUGCUUAUUCAUCUGUCACGAUCAUGAUUGAAGCGCAAAAUGUUAAAUGAACCAAUUAUCUUUUUUUUCAAGGAGAUCAGGCUGCUGGGAAAUAUUAGCAGAUAUGGGUCGUCUUCAAGCAGAAAGGGGCUGAAAAUAAUUAUCCCCUUUGGUAAGUUGCGCUCUACGUUGCGAUGCUCAAGAUCUGACGGAGAUGAUUAAUUUUACUUUCCAUUUAAGAACAAGCCGACGGUGUGACCUAUAAGAUCAUGAGAGUAACAGGACGUAUGGAGACAGAAAACCUAGUGUUUUCUCUGGCAGAUAACGUUGGGAAAAAAGAAACCUACAAAUUUGUGGCCUACCACGCUGCACGCCCCUUGAUGUAUCCCACACAUUUUCUCAAAUGGCCGAAAAUGAACAAAACAUCCGGCUCAUUGCAACAGUUCAAAUGCAGCCUGUUUCUUUCAAUAAUUCCGAUUUUUGGUGUGCUCUUAAACAACAACUAA